AGAGAGAGAGAGAGAGAGAGCUGUGAUCUCUGGAGCAAACAUACAAAGAAAACACUACUUUUCUUCGUCUAUCGCACCAGCAGAACGAAAGAAAUGACAAGGCGGAUAUAAGUUUGUGUGGGGAAAUGGACUACAUUUUUCCAGAGCGAAACGAAAGAUUGGCCCAAGCCACUCUUCACUCCGCUCCAGUAUAUUUUGGAAAUCCUCCUCUCGCCCCUUUUGCCCCCCGGCCUCUUCUUUUUUUUUCCACGCGUUUCUUUUAAACAAACCCGCUACAACAACAAUGAACCGUCUAGUCUCCAAAGCCUUCCAAGGUGUCGCUACCCGCCAACAACGCUCAACCACCGGCGUCCUGAACCGUUUGUACUCCACCCACAAGGAGAUCAAGUUUGGCGUUGACGGCCGUGCUUCGCUCUUGAAGGGCGUUGACAUUCUCGCCAAGUCCGUUGCUGUCACUUUGGGUCCCAAGGGUCGCAAUGUCCUCAUUGAGCAGCCCUAUGGCUCUCCCAAGAUCACCAAGGACGGUGUUACUGUUGCCAAGUCUAUCUCCUUGGAAGACAAGUUUGAGAACUUGGGUGCUAGACUCGUUCAAGAAGUUGCUAGCAAGACCAACGAAGUUGCUGGUGAUGGUACCACCACUGCCACUGUGUUGGCCCGUGCCAUCUUCACUGAAGGUGUCAAGAACGUUGCUGCUGGCUGCAACCCCAUGGACUUGCGCCGUGGUGCCCAGGCCGCUGUCGAUGCUGUUGUCGAUUUCUUGAAGGCCAACAGCCGCGUCAUCACCACCUCGGAAGAAGUUGCUCAGGUUGCCACGAUCUCCGCCAACGGUGACAAGCACGUCGGUGGCAUGAUUGCCCAGGCCAUGGAGCGUGUUGGCAAGGAGGGUGUGAUCACUGUCAAGGCUGGCAAGACCAUUGAUGAUGAAUUGGAAGUCACCGAGGGUAUGCGUUUCGACCGUGGCUUCAUCUCGCCCUACUUUAUCACCGACACCAAGACCCAGAAGGUCGAGUUCGAGAAGCCCUUAAUCUUGUUGUCCGAAAAGAAGAUCUCGCUCUUGCAGGACAUUUUGCCCGCUCUUGAGGCCUCUGCCACCCAGCGCCGUCCUCUCUUGAUCGUUGCUGAGGAUCUUGAUGGCGAGGCUUUGGCCGCCUGUAUCCUCAACAAGCUCCGUGGUCAGAUCCAGGUUGCUGCUGUCAAGGCCCCUGGCUUUGGUGACAACCGCAAGUCCAUCUUGGGCGAUAUCGGUAUCUUGACCCAGUCGACCGUCUUCUCUGACGAGCUCGACAUCAAGCUUGAGCGCGCCACUCCUGAGUUGUACGGUACCACUGGCUCUGUUACCAUCACCAAGGAAGAUACCAUCAUCUUGAACGGUGCUGGUUCCAAGGACAUGAUCAACCAGCGCUGCGAGCAGAUCCGUGGUGCCAUGAACGAUGUCGGCACCUCCGACUACGAGAAGGAAAAGUUGCAGGAACGUUUGGCCAAGUUGUCCGGUGGUGUUGCCGUCAUCAAGGUCGGUGGCACUUCCGAAGUUGAGGUCGGUGAGAAGAAGGAUCGUUUCGAUGAUGCCUUGUGCGCUACCCGUGCUGCCGUUGAGGAAGGUAUUGUUCCCGGUGGUGGUGUCGCUCUCUUGAAGGCCGUCAAGGCUUUGGAGAACGUCAAGGUCGCCAACUUUGACCAGCAGCUCGGUGUCAACAUUGUCCGCCAGGCUAUCCAGCGCCCCUGCCGAACGAUCGUCGACAACGCCGGUGGUGAAGGUUCCGUUGUUGCUGGCAAGCUCCUUGAGGAGAAGACUGAUAACAUCAACUGGGGUUACGAUGCCUCGUCCAACGAAUACGUCGACAUGAUCGAACGUGGUAUUGUUGAUCCCACCAAGGUCGUCCGCACUGCUCUUGUCGAUGCCAGCGGUGUCUCGUCGCUCUUGACCACUACCGAAUGCAUCAUCACCGAUGCUCCUGAGCCCAAGGGUGCUGCUGCUCCUGCCAUGCCUGGUGGCAUGGGUGGUAUGGGCGGUAUGGGUGGCAUGAUGUAAACUGUCCUUCCACAUCUCCGUCACUCACUUAACACACAUGCACACACAUACACACACACAACACUUUCUAUCUAUCUUUUCUCUCCAUAAUUUCACAGCAUAAAACAAGUUUUUAGUAUAUAAAUCAAUUAUCACAAAAUUUCGCACACGCUCACACAUGUACAUCCCCUCUCCAUUUUGUAAAGAAUUAAAAAAGAAAAAAGUUUGCUGUUUAUUUUCCAUAUAAAAAAAUAUAGUUUUUUGAUUUCACUCGAGUCAAGAUCACCA